AUGUUAGCGAGAACCCUGGACCAACCCUCAAAACCAUUCAGCCAUACUACCGAUGAAUCGUUUUCCUCGCUGUUUGGCGACAACCAUCAGGACUCAAUCGGAGACUUGACUGCUGAGUUGGCGACUAACGCAGAUGAUUUGUACAAUAUGACAAACGAGCUCAAUGCCGCCCCAGAAGAUAUUCGUGUUGGUCAUCUGAAUAUCUGUAACUUGCGUAACAAAACUGAUGAACUCAUCGCAGAAAUCAAGGACAUUUCGAGCCCGCUGACAAUUAUCAGCGAUAUAUCGUAUUACACUCUUGAACAAUACAAUAUCAAGAGAAUUCAAUAUGCCGGCGAUCACGGCUCGAUCUGCAAAGAAGGGUGUUUCGUACCAUGACUGAUACAAUUUGAGCACCGCAGAUCUUCUAUUUGAUGAAAAGAAAAAGAAAAGUAGACCUGCAAGUAAAUCUUUGGGAUUUUUCGAGGCAGAGCGAUGACAUGAUGUUAGAAUUUUGAUUUGCUUUAAUUUAAUUUUCGCGCUAAGACUACUGAAUUUGCAUUCAAUGCCUGGAAUAUUUUUAUUCCGAAGAGGACCGAGAACUAAUUUAUUUCCCUGCAAGAACAUAAACAAAUAUGGCCGACGAUUCGAAGAUCAGCGUUGCUCGUGUUUAACUAUUUCAGUCAUCGUUUUCAACAUGGCGUCUCGUCACUUACUCAACAUGGAAAAUAAGGGAUAUUCUGGCGCGUUGGGAACUUUUUUGAUGGGAGGAAAUGGCAAUUUUACAGGAUAUUUGGACGCUUCGAACUCUGUAGCAGUCAAUUCGAUCGAAAGCAGUUGACUUUAUUGAUGCACUUUCCUGUAACAGGCGAGUGUUUGGGACGGAGAACGACGGAUUUUGAAGAACUGUAUGGCGACCUAGGUCAAUAAUCAAUGACAAAAGAACUGGCUCGGGAAGUAAGUGGUUUUUAUUCAUCGAGUCCCUGUGAGGUUUGAUGAAUAGCAGAAUCAGUGCUGAAUAUGUCUCGAUCGAGAGCAGACGGGACCAUGAGCUCCUGAUUGUUAUAUCUUAGAAAUUUUACAAAUUUCCAUACAGUUUCUUAUAUUAUUUGGACGCCAUUAUGGACGACAUGCGCAAGCGCGGCCGCCAUCUUGUCCAAUAUUUCUGCCGAUGUUAGACUGAUACAAAACAUAUGCCGCUUCGACAUCCUAGGGAUCACUGAAACACACUUAAACUCAACAGACGCCGACCGUGAUAUUCACAUCGACGGCCUCGAGGUUUUACGCCUUGAUAGAAAGGAACGUAAAGGUGGCGGAUGUGUAUUGUAUUCAAGCCAAAUUUCCAACCACUAA